AUGGACGAUCCUUUCGCCGCUCCUCCAAUAGGGGGUAAUCUGCCUCGACAACGUUCAAGACCUAAUCUCACCAAUCCCAUCCCUGCCCCACCCUCGUCCCGUUCAAUCGCAUCAAUGGCUCGAACCCCUUCACCCCAGAAACGUCGUCCGGAAAUGACAGGUCAAGCUCUUCGUCAACAUCUCCAAGCCUUGCUCGAGCAAAAAUCGACUCAGCUACAAACGCUGGGAACGAUGGGUCAGGAAAUACUGAAACAACAACAAGAUUUGGAAGAGAGAAUAAGAGGUUUUGAAGAAGCUGAUGAAAGUGAUGGAGAAGAAAUCAGGGAAGAUACCAAAGAGAAAUUACAAGAACUGGAUCGUGCUAUGAGAAUGUGGGAAGAUCAAAAUGAAGAUAUGAUGAGAGACUUAGGUGGUAGAGUACCGGAAUCGCUCGAAGGUCCAUCGAUCUCAGUCUCAUCUCCCACCAAAGGCUCCCAAGCAGCUGCGCCCAGUACCCUUACUCGACGACAGAGAAAUGCCCAACACAGGACAUUAGAUAUGGAAUUUGCAACUGAGAUCGGUCAAAAUCUCUUAGUAGAAGUCAGAAGACUCCAAGCUCUCCUCAGUGAAAGAGAUCGUGCUCUCGAAAAAGUCAGUGAAGAAAAGGAAAGCUGGGAAGGGGAGAAGCAAAGUAUUCUCAACGCUGUGAGAGCCGCGGAGACUAGUGUUGAACGUUAUAAGGAAGAGAACUGGAAUCUGGAAGUUAACAUGCAAGAACUCCGAUCAUCCUUGGCUGAUGUGCAGGAACAAUUCACGAAGUCCAAUGCCGAACAAAGUCGACUAACUAAAACUUUGGUGUCUGCAAGGGAAGCUGCUGAGGCGUACAAGACAGACGCAGAGAAGAACGCUCAAUUGGUUGAAGAUCUCAAAGUCAAGCAUGAAACGGAUAUGGCUAAUGCCAGAAAAACUACCGCUGGUCUACAAAGAGAUAAGUCUGAUCUUCUCACCGAGCUGAACGGAGAGAGACUACGACGAGUCAGUGCCGGUCGAGGUCGAUUAUCAAAGAGCAUGAGCGCCAGUCCCGGUAUGCUCGGACCUAACGGCGUAGAAGAAGACGAAGAUGAUGUCUUUGCCGCUGAAUCAAAGGGAAAUAGCAGUCCUACUAAACGAGGACCAGGCUUCGACGAUCACGACAAUGCUCAUUCACCUUCCCAACUUUACGAAUCUGAUUUCGAUUCACCCAACCCAACGCCAUCUAAACCAUUUCCUCGGUCGCCCCUUGGUGAAAUGUACAUCAACGAAAUCGACGAAUUGCGCGACAAUCUCGCCAAAGCCCAAAGAGAGAUUGAGAUCCUUCGUGGUGAGAAUGCUCGAGCGCGAUCGACGAGUGAUUUGACCCAGAAGAAUGUCGACGAAUUUGGCAUGCGUACACCUGGUGCAGAUUGGGAAGAUGACGAAGGUACCAUUGGAGCUGGAGGAAGAGGAAGGGGUUCUACUCGAGGUAGACGAGGACGAGGACGAGGUAUCGCAGCUAGUAUCGGUCGGAAACUUGGAUUCAAUCGUGCCGUUUCUGGGCUUUCCAGCACACCCGGCGACAAAAGUUUCAACUCCGCUUCUUCCGGAACACCCGACCUCCUCCGAACUAGAGGUAUCUCAGGUAGUCCAGCUCCUUCAAACGGUGGAAGCCUUGGACGUGUAUUUGGGCAAGAGAAUAACUCGAUGGAAGUCCUUAAUUCCCCCAGCCUAUCGAACCGAUCAUCUGACAGCCUCGGUGGACGAACCAGCUUUAUGGCACCCGCUGGUAACGCAUUGGCAGAUGAAAUUGGUACACAAAUCGCAUCUCCAUCAGUCGAAUACGUCGAUGCUGCUAUCAUGACGGAUGAUUGGGAACCUGAAAGAGUUAUUAUCCCUUCUCAGAAUGUACAAUCAUGGGAUGGGACUAUACGAGCUCCUCAGAUCAAUACUACGGCUGCGAACAACGCUUCUAUAACCGCUUGGACACUACAAACCCCUAAGCGUGGUUCAUUCGACGAUCCUUUCCAAGGGGAUGGCACAUCAACCUCAACUCCUGUACAUGCCGAUACCACUCCGACCAAGAGGACGGUUCCGUUACCUAUGCCAAGUCGAUUAGCUCAAGUUUUCCCUCGGUCUACCUCGAUUGAAGACUCGAUGUCAACUACUACAGGUACCGAUACAGAUGAUUUCGAAGACGCAAGAGAAACAGUGGGAACUUUGACUCCUUCUCAAUCUCAUUCUGAAUUACCUACCGAUACAGAAGCGUAUCAAACAGGUCAAGAGUGGCCUAAUGAAUCUUCAGCUGACUCAGACUCAGAUGAUGGAAGAGAAAGAGACAGAGAAAAUACUAUGAGAGGUCUCAAACUAUCUGGACUUGGAGCGGCAACUGGCUGGACAGCUGCUAAGAACGCUCACAAAAUGGCUAGCAGAGAUAGGAUCAUCGAAGUUCCAGUAGAAAGAAUAGUCGAGAUCGAGAAAAUUGUUGAAGUUCCCGUCGAAAAGAUUGUCGAAAUUGAGAAGCUUGUUGACAGAAUCGUUGAAGUCCCGGUUGAGAAGAUUGUGGAAAUUGAGAAGAUAGUAGAAGUACCAGUCGAGAGAAUCGUGGAAGUCCAUAAAACAAUUGAAGUGCCGGUAGAAAUCGAAAAGAUCGUCGAAAAGAUCAUUGAAGUAACGGUUGAAAAAAUCGUUGAAGUCGAAAAGGUUGUCGAAGUCGAGAAGAUCGUGGAGAAGAUCGUCGAGAUUCCGGUUGAGAAGAUCGUUGAGGUCGAAAAGAUCGUUCAAGUAGACAGAAUAGUUGAAGUUCCUGUCGACAAAAUCGUCGAAAUCGAAAAGAUUGUGGAAGUAGAGAAGAUCGUGGAAAUUCCCAUCGACAGAAUCGUGGAGAUCGAGAAGAUUGUUGAGGUGGAAAAGCUCAUCGAAGUACCUGUCGACAGAAUCGUAGAAGUGGAAAAGAUAGUUGAAGUUGAAAAACGCGUCGAAAUACCUAUCGAAAGGAUCGUUGAACGGAUCAUCGAGGUGCCAGUUGAGAACAUCGUCGAAAAGAUUGUAGAAGUUGAAAAACGGGUAGAGGUACCCGUUGAGAAGAUCGUGGAAGUACCUGUAGAGAAGAUCGUGGAAAUCGAGAAGAUCGUUGAAGUGGAACGUAUUGUUGAAAUACCCAGGAUCGUGGAAGUCGAAAAGAUUGUGGAGAAAAUAGUGGAGAAGAUAGUGGAAGUUCCCGUUGAGAAGAUUGUACAAGUUACAGUUGAAAAGAUUGUGGAAGUUGAGAAGCUCGUGGAUCGAAUUGUUGAAGUCGAAAAGAUCGUUGAGGUACCCAAGAUCGAAGAGAAGAUCGUGGAAGUGGAGAAAAUCGUCGAAGUCAUCAAGGAAGUAGAAGUCGAAAAGAUCGUUGAAAAGAUCGUAGAAGUUCCCACCAUCAUAGAAGUCGAAAAGAUAGUCGAAAGGAUCGUGGAGGUAGAGAAGAUCAUCGAAAAACCUAUAAAUGUCGAGGUCGAAAAGAUUGUCGAAAGAGUUGUGGAAGUUGAAAAACCCGUUGAACGAAUUGUGGAAGUCCCAACGGUGAUCGAGGUUGAAAAGAUCGUGGAAAGAAUUGUGGAAGUACCUAAGGAAGUAGAAGUAAUCAAAGAGAUCCAAGUGGAGAAGAUUGUAGAGAAGAUAGUAGAGGUCAUCAAGGAAGUUGAAGUUGAAAAACGGGUAGAAGUCCCUGUGGAAGUGGAGAAAAUAGUGGAAAGAAUCGUGGAAGUACCUGUAGAGGUAGAAAAGAGAAUCGAGGUGAUCGUAGAAGUGGAGAAGAUCGUUGAAAAGCGAGUCGAAUUCCCCGUCGAAGUAGAGAGAUUUGUAGAGAAAGUGGUUGAAAAGAUUGUGGAAGUACCGGUAGAAGUGGAAAAAAUCAUCGAAAAGAUUGUAGAGAAGGUGAUUGAAGUGCCUGUCGAAGUCGAGAGAAUCGUGGAGAAGAUAGUUGAGGUGGAGAAGCGGGUCGAAGUACCUGUUGAUAGGAUCGUUGAGGUCGAGAAGAUAAUCGAGGUUCCAGUCGAGAAGAUCGUUCAAGUUGAAAAGAUUGUUGAGGUCCCAGUUGAAAAGAUCAUCACUGUUACCAAGACUAUCGAGGUACCCAUCGAGAAGAUUGUCACCAUUGAGAAGAUCAUCGAAGUACCCGUCUCACAGCUCAAAGCCGGUCAAUCCGAUUCAAGUAUGCAAACCGAACCUCUUCCUUCUACACCUUCAUCACCUCUUUCGCCUGCUCCUGACAUCUCCCUCUUCCGCGUCACACCUGGAACGAACUACGACUUCCUCAAAGCUCCUCCUCCACCCGGUCUACUUGGGAACAGAAACAGUAGAAGAGUAUCCGACGAGAAUCUUGCUGCUGUCGCUUCCGAUUCUGGUUUACCUCACAAUCGAAGUCUCGCUUCUCCCGCUAACAUCGAUGGUCUUCCACCUUCUUCUCCGACUGGCUCGACGGCACCUGAUAGAACAAGACCACCAACAAUGUUCCUUCCCCCGCCACCCGAUAUGCCACCACCUCCUAAUUCCACAGUCAAGAAGAUGUCCACUGGUCCGCCUCCCCGACCAAUGUCACCUCCUCCCGAGGAUUUCGUACAACGUGCCACUACGCCCACGAUGCAAAUGAGUAUGAAUCGACAAGGAUCACGGACAGCACCAUCGUCAUCAACAGCUGCUAUCCGAGCGGCCAGAGGUGAAAUGCCUCCACCUGCAACUGCAUCUCGACAGACAUCUCGAGCAAGUUUCAAGGUUCCUCAGUCUGCUCACUCUACACCUGGACAUAGCCAAGAUCCAUCUUGGUUGAAAUCUAGAGAGAGUGUCAAACGAAAAGCUCAUAAAGUCAUUUCCACCAAUGGAUAUGCUUCUGCUUCUUCUAGUAUGUCAGGACACGAUCAGAUUCAUGAUCAUGACAGAAAUCCUUCCUUGUCAUCUUUCGAUAGCUACGCAGGUACAUUACCUCAACAACAUCCCGCGGGCGCACAAUCUGGAUCAACGGAUCCGACUACCAUACAUGCAAUCACGCAAACUAUGAUUGGGGAAUACCUUUACAAGUACACUAGAAGAACAGUAGGUAAAGGUCAAUCGAAUAACAGACACAAAAGAUUCUUCUGGGUACACCCAUACACGAAAACACUGUAUUGGAGUUCGGAAGAUCCUGGAUCAAGCAGAACCUCCGAGUCUUCUGCUAAGAGUGUGUUCAUUUCUAGCGUAAAAUCAAUCGAAGAUCCCAACAUACAACCUCCAGGAUUAUUCAACAAGAGUAUUAUACUAGCUACCCCUGGAAGAGAAAUCCAGUUCACUGCUGAAAAUAAGGAAAGACACGAUCUUUGGAUGUCGGCUCUUAACUUCUUACUACAACAGCAAAAUGGAUCUUCUACCGCCUCACAUUUAACGGAAUCAUCGAUCAAGCACAACGUUUCCCGAACAGGAUUAUCUACCAUAGCAGGAGCGGAUGAACAAGGCCGAUUGAUGACUUCACAUAAUCCGAAAUCACCCAUGUCCUUGAGAUCUUUUGGAUCUGAAAGACAGUCUUUAUCAAACAUCACGCCCAAAGCGAUAAGAUCAUCAUCUGUUAUGUCAAAUGUUAGACCUCCUUCUACUAUGGGUAAACGAAGUGGUACAGCAGCUCACGAGUAUAUGAGAAGACACGAAGUACCAGCUACAAUUCAUGGUGGUCAUAGAUAUAAAGGUGUCUAUAAAGGUGCCCCAAUCGCUGAUAUCGAUGAUUUCGACGUCGUCAGCAGAGAUGACGGUGAUGAUCUAGAUGAAAGUUUUGAAGGUCUUGAAAACGUGAGAGCCUGCUGCGAUGGUAAACAUCUCGUUGGACAUCAUCAUCACCACGAUCAUCCCAAUGUUCCCCGAACUCCGGCGAGGUCUCAAACACCUUCCAUUCGAACAUGGUCAAUACGUUCACGUAGACCAUCAAAUGCCUCCGCUAAACCCAUUGGUCAUGUACCUGUACAAAGUGACGGUGAAAGUAUAUUCUCAACGGCGAAAAGGAGAGAAAGGGAAAGAAGUAAAUCUGCCAUGGGACAUAGAGAUAAACAGAAAGAAAGAGCUAUGAGUCCUACGUCGUUUAGACAGUAG